GAACCAAAGUUGAUCCAGACAGCUCCGUCUCUGAUCGCCGCCGCCUGCAUUUGCUCAGCGUUCAGGGGGUUGAAGCUGUCGGCGCACCGGGAGACGACGCGCGACGUCUGUCUCAUGUCGCGCGUGGACCCCGUCCAUCUGGAGUCGCUCGUCCUCUUCGUCGAUCAGAUCGUCGAGAAGGUGGUGCCGCAGGCGCAGGCCGCCGCCGACGACGGUCGCCAGCAGACGGCCGGUUCGAAGCAUCUGGACGGCGGCGUCGCCGAGUUCGAGAGCCCCACGUACGGCCAGCCGGAGACGCCGACGGAAGUCGAGAGCGUCUACUUCUGAGAGCGCACCCCGAAAUCUCCCACACGAGCGACAACAAAUUGAGCGCCUUUUGUUUUAUAUAUUUGCAACAAAAAAACAAAAAACAUUGAUUGUUUUUAUUUGACAGUUUGUUUGUUGCUCAGGAGACGCGCCUCAACUACGACUACUACUAUUAUUAUUUAAAUUUGUAGUUUUGUUUUCUUCAUACCAAAUAUUUUAUUGCAUAUAUGUUAUAUGUAUAAAAAAAAAAAAAUAUGUUAAAAACCAGCGCUGACUGGAUUUCUGGAGCGUUUUCCGCGCGCGCGUAUUUCAUAUUGAAAUUUUUCGUUGUUCGGUUCUUGUAAUAAUCGUCGUGUGCUGUGCGCGUUCGAUCGUCGAAUUUUGUCCUCUCGUCCGCGUCGUUGAUCUCAGUGUGCGUCCAGCAGGAAUGUCCAGGAAAAAGAAAGAAAGAAAUAAGAAACGGUGGAGGAGAGAUGAACGAGAGGCGAAACCGGACUUGCAUUACUUACAUCUAGUUAGAGUAUCUCUGCGUGUGCAUCUACAAGGACUACUUAGCAAACUUAGUUUAAUUAGGUAAUAUUUAUUAUUGAUCU